CGCUCCUGCUCCUGCGUACAACCAGAGAGGCUAUAAUCUCCUCCACUCCCUCCCCUGUAGGCUGCAGCCCGUUCCACUCCUAUCCAUCCGUGCUCCAGCUCCACCAUGGGCCUCUCAACGGCUUACUCCCCGGUCGGAUCGCACCUCGCGCCGGCGCCUCUCGGGCACCGUCGCUCCGCCCAGCUCCACCGCCCGCGCCGGGCCCUGCUCGCCACCGUCCGAUGCUCCGUCGACGCCGCCAAGCAGGUGCAGGAUGGCGUGGCGACGGCGGAGGCGCCGGCGACGCGGAAGGACUGCUUCGGGGUCUUCUGCACCACCUACGACCUCAAGGCGGAAGACAAGACCAAGUCGUGGAAGAAGCUAGUGAACAUUGCUGUGUCAGGCGCGGCUGGGAUGAUAUCGAACCACCUGCUGUUCAAACUUGCCUCUGGUGAGGUUUUCGGACAAGACCAACCAAUAGCACUGAAGUUACUUGGUUCAGAGAGAUCGUUUCAAGCUCUCGAAGGUGUUGCUAUGGAACUGGAGGACUCGCUAUAUCCAUUGCUGAGGGAAGUCAGCAUUGGUAUAGAUCCUUAUGAGGUCUUUGAAGAUGUAGAUUGGGCCCUUCUUAUUGGUGCUAAGCCCCGAGGUCCUGGCAUGGAGCGAGCUGCGUUACUGGAUAUCAAUGGUCAAAUCUUUGCUGAUCAGGGGAAAGCACUUAAUGCCGUGGCCUCGAAGAACGUGAAAGUCUUAGUUGUUGGAAAUCCCUGUAACACUAAUGCGUUAAUUUGCUUGAAAAAUGCUCCAGACAUACCAGCAAAAAAUUUUCAUGCACUGACGAGGUUGGAUGAAAAUAGAGCAAAGUGCCAGCUAGCACUCAAAGCAGGUGUAUUUUAUGACAAAGUAUCAAACGUGACUAUUUGGGGGAACCAUUCGACAACUCAGGUUCCUGAUUUCUUGAAUGCCAAAAUUGAUGGAAGACCAGUGAAAGAAGUCAUUAAGGAUACCAAGUGGUUAGAAGAAGAGUUCACCAUUACGGUUCAAAAGCGUGGAGGUGCGCUCAUCCAAAAAUGGGGCAGAUCUUCAGCUGCAUCAACCGCUGUAUCAAUAGCGGAUGCUAUUAAAUCCCUGGUAACUCCUACCCCAGAAGGCGACUGGUUCUCCACAGGGGUUUAUACGACUGGAAAUCCUUAUGGCAUAGCAGAGGAUAUCGUGUUCAGCAUGCCAUGCAGAUCGAAGGGUGAUGGUGAUUACGAACUAGCUACUGAUGUGUCAAUGGACGAUUUUCUCUGGGAACGGAUUAAAAAGAGUGAAGCUGAAUUGCUUGCUGAGAAGAAAUGCGUUGCCCAUCUUACUGGAGAGGGGAAUGCAUAUUGUGAUGUUCCGGAGGAUACCAUGCUACCGGGAGAAGUGUAGUUUAGUUACAGAGAAGCAAUAGCAGGGGAAUGCAUUUGUCUAUACUAUAGCUGAGACUCGAGAGAAACAGCUGCUUGCAAGAUGCAGCAACUACUUUUACUUAUAUAUAUAUAUUGUUUAUAUUCUGUACCCGCUCAGAGCGUUGUGUGCACACGCUGUGUGAUUCCGGGACCGUCUUUACGAUCGUUUUGCUUUUUUGGGCCAUACCGCUUCGCUCCCGUGUUGCGCUUCCAUUAUUGAGUUAUUACAACUCUGUUUUAUAGUAUUUAUUACUGCCGAGAUUUUGUGUA